AUGUUUCAAUCGAAGAAGCCGUACUCGGCGGUUACCGUCACCAUCGAGAACCUCACCUCCGAGUCCUACGCCGAAGAAGACCUCAGCGGAAUCCCGGACCUCGUCGAAGUCAUCAAGCUCCAAGCUUCUGGUCCACCCGAAGCAGCGCGCGCGAUCCGCAAGAAGCUCAAGUAUGGCACAGUCCACAGGCAGAUUCGAGCCCUGGUGCUACUCGAUGGACUUAUCCAGAAUGCCGGUUCGCAGUUCCAGCGCGCGCUUGCGGAUGAGCCGCUGUUGGAGCGUCUCCGGGUGUGCGGCUCGUCGAAUUUGUCGGACCCCGCCGUUAAGAAGAAGUGCCGCGAGCUCUUCCAGGAAUGGACGCAGUACGCAAACGUUCCCGGGUUGGAGAGGGUUGCGCGGUUGUACAGGGAACUCCCCAAGCGCAAGGUUGGUAUGAAGCGAGAGGAGUCCAAGGUCAUCCAGGAGACGGAGAACCCGUUUGGCGACGACGAGGAAGAAGAGGCGGAGCGAGCCAGCGAGCAAAAGAAACAAGACAUGCCUGGACCGUCGGGAGGAUACCAUCCCGCCACUGCUCUUGACAUGCAAGAUGGCGGCGGCGGCGGCAGCAGUGGACUGAAAAAGUCCAAGGCCAAGUCCAAGUCCAAAAGCAAAAGCAAAAGUGGCCGCAAAUUUGACCUUGAGGCUGAGAUGAAGAAGAUGAAAUCAGUCAUUGCAGAUGCGUCUAUGGCGUCGACAGCAUUGAUGAAUUCCCUACAGACUAUCAAUCGUGAGAAGGAGAGGAUCUCGGACAAUCGAGCUGCGACACAACAUUUCGAGGCCUGUAAGCAGCUGCGAAGGAGAAUAUUGCGAUAUAUCCAUCAAGUUGAAAACGAGCAGUGGCUAGGUGCACUACUUCACGCCAACGACGAGCUUGUCGAUGCUCUGAUGGCAUACGAGCAGCUAGAUCACUCGAUGGAAGCAGAUAGUGACUCUGAUGACGAAUUGGCAGAGCAAACUCACAUGUAUCGAAUGAUUACAGAAAAGGCUCAGGAAGGCCGGGCAGCAGCAAAAGACGUGCCGGAUCUGUCGGGGCUCACACUCGACACCGCUUCCAAGCAUGCGCCUGCCAGGCCUCCUCGUCCUGUAGCACCAACGAGACGGUUGUCAAGCGCAACAAGUGAGGAUGCGGAAGAAGAGGAGCAAGAUGACGACGACGACAAUCCCUUUGGCGACAAGAACGUCAUUUCUACACCAUCAGCUGAGCAGGGGGAGCCUCGUUGGUAG